UCUGCCACCGCGAGUAGUACACAAAUUACGUUCUGCGCUAGUCUGAAUAUGAAGCUGAUAAGCGGGAUGCUGAUUAUAGUGAUUUUUCUUUUCGGAACCAUCACUUUAUCGCAAGAAUGCCAACCAGAGUCCCGGUGGUCCUACCAGUACGACCCUAUGACGUGCGUUCUGGAGAACCUGGCACAGGGCAACUUUACCGAUUUGGAAGAGGAAGUCUUCCACAAUGCGUCCUACAUUGAGCUAGCGAACGCGACCUUCUCGCAGUUUGGAUCGCAUCACUUCGCGGUGCUUCCGGACUACGUCACCAGGCUGACCUUCAGCUACGGCAAAAUUACCGAAAUCUAUUUCCUGUCGGAAACGUUGGUCGCGUUGAAGGUCUUCAACGUUCAGCUGGAACGAUUCUUUGUGGCGGAACGCGAAAACCAAGUGCUUCGAAGGUUGGACGUUAGUUCCCGGCUUCUGGCGGAGAUUCCCAGCAGCAUCGCGUUUCUGGUUGGGUUGAAGUCACUAACGUUCAGCGGUUGCAAUCUGACCACGGUCCGGCUUGAGCUGUUCAAGGAUAUGAAGAACUUGACUGAUCUUAACCUGUCGGACAAUCACAUAAGUUCGAUUGAGGUUGAUUCAAAGCUUUUUCUUAGCUCAGUGCGGACGCUGUCACUUGAGGAAAAUCGUUUGCAAGAAAUUGAUCGAUUUCCGGAGGCUUUUCCAGAGCUGAGGACACUGAGUUUGUACGAAAACAACUGGUUCUGUGACUGGGUUACGGCAGUACGGAAACAGAUCUUCAGAGCGAUGAUCGUGGUGUACGGUAGUGAAUGUCAAAGUUCCGAUAACGGAGGUUUGUGCUGCAAUAAACGACCUUGAUCACUGGAA